ACAUCAGGAUUGUGUUUCUUUCUUUCUGCAGACAUAGUGGAAGAAGAAGAAGCCGCCGAAGCUGCCCACAUGGAGGCACAUAGAAUAUAAUCAUUAGUGUAUUCUUGUGUGGUUGUCAUUACAAAUCAAUAUAUAGUUUAAUAUCUCACUAACGAGCUUGCGUUUUAAAAAAAUGGCGACAGAUGCAAAAAGGCCAAAGACAGAUGAUGAGAACUGGGUGCUGGACCCCUUGAAAAACUUCUUGCAGUGGUGUGCUAGUGUGAAGCUGACUCUCAGCGAUAAGGUGUACUUAAGUAAAGAGGGUACGGUAGCAGAAUAUGGCAUGCUUGCCAAAGAGGACAUUGAAGAGGGUCACGUCUUGUUCUCCAUACCCAGAGAGGUUCUUCUGCAUCAGGCCACCACUAAAGUUAAAAAAGUCCUUGAGGAAGGGAAGAAGUCUUUGGAGAGCGCAUCAGGCUGGGUUCCUCUUCUUCUGGGUCUCCUAUAUGAGUACACAUGUCCACAAUCACACUGGAAACCAUAUUUGUCUCUCUGGCCAGACUUUAGGACACUGGAUCAACCCAUGUUCUGGUCAGAGGAGGAGCGCGAGAAACUCCUGAAAGGCACAGGAAUUCCAGAGGCUGUCGAAACGGAUCUGAAAAAACUCCAGGAUGAGUACAAUAACAUAGUCCUUCCUUUCAUGAAGUCCCAUCCUGACCUGUGGGACCCUGAGAAGCACACGUUGGAGCUCUACAAGAGCCUGGUAGCAUUUGUAAUGGCCUAUAGUUUUCAAGAGCCCGAUGAAGAUGAAGAAAAAGAACCUAACCCUCCAAUGAUGGUGCCCAUGGCUGACAUGCUGAAUCACAUUUCCAAGCACAAUGCCAAUCUGGAAUAUACACCCGAGUGUUUGAAGAUGGUGUCUGUACGACCCAUUGAAAAGGGCGAGGAAGUCUUUAACACCUACGGACAGAUGGCAAACUGGCAGCUCCUGCACAUGUAUGGCUUUGCAGAGUCGUUUCCCACCAAUAGCAAUGAUACUGCAGAUAUCCAGAUGUCCAGUGUGUACAAAGCAGCAGUGCAAGCGGCACAAAGUGACGCAGAUCAAAAGCUCUUAGUGGACAAAUGGAACAUGUGUGAGAUGGAGAUUGUUGGAGAGGAAGGGGUCUUCGUCUUCGGCCAAUCAGGCUGCCUUACUUACAGUGAGCUCUACACUACACUGAAGGUCCUGAGCAUGACGGUGCAAGAUUUCGAGGUGUUCCGUGAAAACGAAGGCUGGGAGGAAGAUGAAGAGGAUGAGGAUGAUCAAAUGGAGCAGGCCCUGAGUUUCGAUGGACUGUUGGGGUUGUCAGCAGAGUGGAAAAGGCUCCUGCACGCAGCUGCAGCUCUGACGCUGGACUCUUAUUCUGAGGAUGUAGAGACGGACAGGAGGCGGCUGGAGGAACUCAGCAGCAGAGAGAGGAGAGCUCUGCAUGUGCGUUACGGUCAGAAGAGCAUCCUACAGCGCUUACAACAGCUCACCAAAAAGUCUUAAUGUACGGGUUUCACAAACAUUCUUAAAUGUCAUGUGCUGACUGCAUUCUGUAGUUGUCAAGAGAGAAAAGUCCUCAGCCGAUAUAGUGUAAUUGAAUUUGCAAACUGUAUAUAGUUUAAGUUUUUCCAAUUUUGAAUGCUGUACAUUUUCCUUUAAAAAAAAAAAAAUCACUUGGAAUAUUAUGGUUCAGAUUGUUUUAAUUGUGUGCUGUUGUGGAAAGUAAAGGUGGUUUAUUUAGCGCAA